AUGACCCGGCCCGGGCGCUGGGCCCUCCUGCUGCUGUGCCUGCUGCGGCCCGCCGGAGGGAGGCCCCCCCUGGCCCCUCCCCAGAACGUGACGCUGCUCUCCCGGGACUUCGGCGUGUACCUGACGUGGCUCCCGGGGCCCGGCAACCCCCUGGACGUGACCUAUCGAGUGGCCUAUCAGAGCUUCCUGGCAACCCCCAAACGGUGGCGGAAAGUGAGAAAGUGCACCCAAACCACAGAGCUGACGUGCUCCCUGAUGUGCCUGGAGAAGCAGGACCUGUUCAACAAGUUCAAGGGCCGCGUGCAGGCGGUUGCUCCCGGCACCAGGUCCCCCUGGGUGGAGUCCAAGUACCUGGAGUACCUUUUUGAAGUGGAGCCAGCCCCGCCCAUCCUGGUGGUCACUCAGACAGAGGAGGUCCUGAAGGUCAAUGCUACCUACCAGCUGCCCCCCUGCAUGCCCCCGUCGGACCUUAAGUACCAGGUGGAUUUCUGGAAGGAGGGGACUGGGAACAAGACCCAGUUUCCAGAGACCUCCCAUGGGCAGCCAGUCCAGAUCCCCCUGCAGGCGGAUGCCAGAGGGUACCACUGCCUCAGCGCCAGAACCAUCUACGCCUUCGGUGACCCUAAAUGGAGCGAGUUCUCCGAGCCCACCUGCUUCUCCCUGGGGACCCCAGGAGUCCACUGGGCACUCCUGGCGCUACCGCCGGUGCUGCUGCUGCUGCUGGUCAUCGCCAUGGGCUGCGUGAUCUGGAGGAGCUUCCCCGGGAACCCCUGGUUCCAGCGGGCGAAGAUGCCCCGGGCUCUGGACUUUUCUGGACACAGAUACCCCGCAGCAACCUUCCAGCCCAGUGGCCCGGAGACUCUGGAGGGCUUGACCCUCUGUCCCCAGAAGGAACUGGCCAGAAGGGUCAGGCUGACCCCGAGAGGCAGGGCCGCAGCCACCACUCAGGCCGGGCCAGAGAAGGGCGGUGCCGAGGAGGAGGAGGAGGAGGAAGAGGAGGAAGAGGAGGAGGAUGCGGACAACAACGUCAUCGUCCAGCCCUACCUUGUGCCCUCCGGUUUCCUGGAGCAGAAGGACCAGGCCCCAGGGCGCCCGGAGGCAGGCGUCCAGGCCAAAGGCUGUCCUGCUUGCGAUGCUUCAGACGGAAGCGGGGCCAGCGCCGGCUCCUCCCUCCUGGAGGAGGCCGGGUCCUCGGGCUACAUGGCCAAGAAGGCGCCGGGCAGCGGGCUGGGCGGGAGCAGGUCCCCGGAGCCUCUCCCGGCCCUCGAAUCCUCCCAGGACGCGGGUUCCCUGGAGGAGCUCCAGGGGAGCGGCAUCUCCUGGGCCAGCUGGGGCUCCCCCACAUCGAGGCAGGAGCUCAUCCCCGGGGAGCCUCCCGUCUCUCUCCGGACACUGACCUUCUCCUGGGACUGCAACGCCGCCGAGGAGGAAGAAGAGGAAGUGGAGGAGGAGGAGGAAGAGGAGGAGGAUGGAGGGGAAUCAGAAACUGAGGAUGGAGGUGCUGGAAGCUGGGGGACCGGAGCCAGGAGCAGGACGUUGGGACAUUACAUGGCCAGGUGA